GGAGCAUUUGCUGGUGUCACUGGUGCCAACCUUGUCCUGGCCUCUGUGCCGUGUCGGCUUGCUGCUCUGCACCCCGAGACCUGCCCCAAAAUGUAGUUUUCUGACCCAGAUGCUGUGCUUCUCUUCUGAGUAAUGGUCCAGCAGGCAGAAUGCUGGGGAUGGCACAAAACUCUGCUGGAGCACUGAGCAGGCUGCAGAGCCAGAAAACACACCUGAAAAGUAUUUGUCUGCAGUAUCUGCUUCUGAACAGCCACUGCUUUUGCCUUUUAAAGAAUGGAAUGGGACUAAUCAUCUUCUUCCUAUGUGCUUAUGUUCCAAAGACAGAAGCAGGACGCUGCAAGUGGGAAGAAGUUCUGCAGGAUUUGCAAGCCAUCAAGACAUCCAGAGACAUUGAUGUCAGUUUAUACACUGCCAACGCAGAUGAGGAUGAAGAAUGCCAGGAACUUGUAAUGAGGUGCUUUUUCUUAGAGACAGAAGUGAUAUUUCAAGAAUAUCGUAUCAAAAAUUGCAGUAAAACACAGGAUGUGUGGAACAUUUGGAAAAAUGGGAAUGACAGCUUCGAAAAAAAUAAGUUGGCUUCCACAAAAUCAGAAAAAUGCAAAGAAUGUGAAGAAUAUGAAGAAAAAAAUUUUACAGAAUUUGUACAAAACUUUGAAAAGGUUAUACAAAGGGAUUGCAAACACUGGUCAGAAAGACAUAAGCUGGUAAGCUCAAUUACUUCUUCCGUCCAAGAACUCAAAGUCAAAACUAAAAUAUUUAUGUGAAGACUCUUCUUUGCCCUUUUGUACAAUGCUAGCAUAAGGGCAUUAAAAAUUAUCUCCAGUUUUCUCACUGGAAGAAAUAUCACAAAAAAGAAAUAAAUUAUUUGCCUCCAUAAAACAUCAAAACCAGAAGUGUUUAUUACAUAGUUCGCAUGAAACAAAAUGGGUCCUAAAUUUUACAUUUUUCCUUAAUUCAGUGGCGUGCACUGAAUAUGAUUUUUCCUUACCUGAUGUCAUGUGCACAGGAAAGGUAACACCAAGUUACAACUCUGGACUUCAGUCAAAGAGAUAAAGGGACUUUCCUUAUUUCUGGCUUUGAGAGGGAAGCAUUACACUGAUGAUGGGGGAACCAAAGAACUGCUUUGCUCAGAAU